AUGCAGCCUCUCUACGGAAGCAACCCGCACACACCGCGGACGCCUGGCACGCCCAACACGCCAAACUCGCAGCAACUGCCGAGCUAUCAGCAAACGUCGCAGCCGACGAGCAGCCGUGGCAUCUACUCGAUGACCCAGCAGAGCCAGUAUCCGCCCCCUCAAGGAUAUGCUACCUCCGCUCCCAUGAUGCAGCAGUCGACGACCGCGUCUUCUGGCCCGCAACCCAUUGCGCCUGCUGGUGGAAAUCGCGGACCGCCAGUUCUCCGCCCAAUGCCUCCCGGCGGUAUCAUGUCGCAGCAGCCAGGCACCGCGUCGCCCUACGGCCCUCCUAUGAUGCAGCCCGGUGGCGUUCUUCCCGAGAGCGAGCAGCCAACCCACGUUGUUGGCUCACAGGGUCGUCGCGGCAUCUUGCCCAGCGCGCCAGGCCGGCCCGCAGCUCCUGCAGCAGGAACUACCGGUGCUAAGAGCACGGUCAUUCCUGUGAAGGAUGCCGACGGAAAGUUUCCUUGCCCUCACUGUACAAAGACCUACUUGCACGCCAAGCACUUGAAGCGUCAUCUCCUUCGCCACACUGGUGACCGCCCGUACAUGUGCGUGCUCUGCCGCGACACCUUCUCGCGAAGUGAUAUCCUGAAGCGCCACUUCCAAAAGUGCUCCAUUCGCCGGGGUAACCCCACAGGCGUCAGCCAUCUGUCCCACCCCCAGGCCCACGUCAAGAAGAAUGCCCAGGCCCAGAAGGGCCCUCCUCUUGGCAACGAGGGAGAUCUCAACCAGCUUAACGGGCUGAACAACAUGCCCCAGGACGGCAUGGGCCACCCCUUCGGAAUGGUUCCCGUUUCCGACGGCAUGAACAAUUUGGCUAAUGACCAAAAUCAGCUGUCGCGAUCCGGCAGCAUCAGCCGCCUUGAUAAUGGCAAUGGCGCUGACAGGAGGACCAUGGCUCCCAUGGGCGCUUCUCAACCCUACGGAAGCAACGACAUGGGCCAGCAGAUGUCAGGUUACAGCAUGCCCCCCACCCAGAACGGUGUGCCCAUGUACGGCAACUCUAACUCUAACCAACAAUCUGGCCUUGAUUGGUCUCAGAUGUUCCAGCCUGGUCAGUAA